GCGGCGGUUCGAUUUUUCGUCGUCUGCUAUGUAGGCCUAACAAAGGCGACGGCUGAUCGCCUCGCGUCAGUACGCCCGCUGCUCCGACGCUCGCUAGGUUCACGCCAUGGCAGGUCGCGCGUCGACGGUGGCUCCGCUGGAUACGUGACUCCCUCUGCCCGCUUGUGAGGAGUCUUCCCUGUGAUUUCUGCGUUUCGCAGUGCGCCUUUCGCCGUCAUGCGUCCACUUUAUCCACUGUUCGCUUCGUAGUCCCGCGUGAAUGGUGCAGUGCUGUCGUCGGCCUUCUCCCAGCUGAGCGCGGCAGCGGGUCCAGCGUCGUCAUGAUGUGCGCGAGCCGCAAAGCUAAGGUGCGCGCCCUAGUCGCGGCCUGCCUGCUCGUGUGUGCCGCUCUCGUGUUCUUCUACCACUAUUCGAACGACGCCGGAGAGUUGUCCGAACUGCACCGCAAGCGCCUGUACGGCGGCGAUCAGCGGCGGCGCGAGGACGACUCGUCGCACAACUUCGUGCACGACAAGGCGCCUUCGUCGAAGUCUUCCUUCACGUGGCCCUGGGCGAAGCGGGAAACGUUGACCGCUGCCGGCGAUUGCCGUGCGCUCAAGGUGCGCCGCGAUGUGGAUAUCUACACACCCGACGUGUACCCGACGCUCAACUUCAAGCCUCAAUCGAGGAGUUACUGGAAUCAGACGUUCGAGAACCGAUAUUACGAAACGAGGAAGCAGUGGGCCAAGCUACCGCUGGAGGUGAUCGUGAUUCCGCACUCGCACAACGACCCCGGAUGGCUGAAGACGUUCGAGGGCUACUUCCUGAGCAACACGGCGCACAUCCUCAACAACAUGGUCGAGUUCCUGCAGAAACACAAGGACUUCUUUCUCUGGGCCGAGAUGUGCUUCUUCUCACGCUGGUGGCGCAGCUUGGAGAACAGGCCGCACCUUCGCGAGGCUGUACGGCACCUGGUACACCGUGGCCAAUUGGAGAUGGUCACGGGCGGCUGGGUGAUGACGGAUGAGGCGGCCGCCCACUACUAUGCCAUGGUUGACCAACUCGUCGAAGGACACCAAUGGCUACGCUCCACUGGGGUGGUACCGCGCGCAGGCUGGUCCAUCGACCCGUUCGGGCACGGCGCGACAGUACCGUACCUGUUACAGGCCGCCGGCAUCCGUAGCACCUUCAUCCAGCGUACCCACUUUGCUUGGAAAGAGUUCCUCGCUGCGAGGAGGGACCUGGAGUUCCUUUGGAAAACUCCCUUUCCGACAACUUACUUCAACGACUCCGGCGUGGUGACGCACAUGGCGCCCUUCGAGCUGUACAGCAUCAAGCACACCUGCGGGCCUAACACUGACGUGUGCCUCAAGUUCGACUUCCGCCGGUUAGCCGGAGAGUACACCGAGAGCCGCGCUUCGCAGGUGGCUGAUCACAACGUAGCCACCCUGGCAGAGCUGCUUUUGGGCCAGUACGGCCGGAUCGGCUCCCUAUUUCCGCACAACGUCGCCCUGGUGCCACUCGGAGAUGACUUCCGGUUCGAUCACGACAUUGAGUGGGAGCAGCAAUACGCGAACUACCGCAAGCUGUUUGACUACAUUAACAAGAGCAAGCGGCUACAUGCGCACGUGCGCUUCGGCACGCUGAGUGACUACUUCGAGGAGGUCUACGCCCGCAUGGAGAAGGGUGUCUCCCGCGAGCACCCGUUCGCCAAACUCGCCGGCGACUUCCAUUCGUACGGUGACAUGUACGCCGAGGGCAAGCCUUCCUACUGGACAGGCUACUUCACCACGCGUCCUUACCUGAAACACUUUUCGCGGGAGCUGGAGCACUGGCUGCGCGCCGCCGAGAUCCUCUACAGCCUCUCCCGCGUCUACCUGAACGAGAGUGGUCAGAUGGACCUGGGUCGCCGUCUCGACGCCGACUACGUGUUCCUCGUGCAAACCAGGGACGCCCUGGGUCUAUUCCAGCACCACGACGCGAUCACGGGAACGUCCAAGGAAGGCGUCAUGGCUGACUACGGCUCACGCAUGUACAACGGCAUGAAGGAGGCCAUGGGCGUCAUCGCGCAUGCCGCCCAGUAUCUGAUGCUCGUCGAGCAGCCCAUGGUCAGCGCCGCGAUUCAGUCGCAGAGACCUGUGACGUCGUACCUCUAUCCCGAUGUGCAGAGGCCCACUUAUGACGUGCUGCCAAUUAAGCUGCCAUUGAGCGUACCAGAAAUUCUGGCCGCAAGAUCGUCCUUGUACAACUCGCACGCACAAACAUUGCAGGAGGUGGUACGCGUGCACGUGUAUGACCCCGUUUCGAGGGUGCUCGACGCGACGGGCGAAGACGUUCUCUUCCAGCUCAACCCUGUGUGGACCGACGCUUCUGCCGUGUCCAGCGUUGUGUUCGAGUUAGUCUUCAUCGUCAAGCUACCGCCGCUCUCGCUGAGCACCUACACACUUCUCGUGGAGCCUGGCAGGCUCACCACCCCAAAGACGAGGGUAUCCAUGUUUGUCGGCGACGCGUGGUCCGGUGCCGGCGCACAGUCCAUCUUCAACUUCGAGAGCCCGCACACGAAGCCCAUCGUUCUGUCCACGCCGUACGUGGAGGCGACGUUUUCGCACGAAACGGGCCUCCUGCGUUCAAUCAGGUUGCGCAAGAGUGGCCUCGAGGGACGGGUAAACGUCUCCUUCAAUGCGUACCGGUCGCUGGAGUUCCACAGCGGCGCCUAUUUAUUCGAACCGGACGCCAGCGACCCGUUCGUGAACGUCACCGGGCGCUUUCCGAUUGUGCGCGUGGUCCAGGGUCCGAUCACCUCAGAGCUGGUGUCUGCCUACGCGGACGGGCUGACACACACCUUUCGAGUGUACCACGUCGAUGGCUUUCUCGGAGGUGGCCUCGAGAUGAGCGUCGUAUUCGACCUUUCUAAGCGAUCUGACUACAACGUUGAAAUGUUUAUGAAACUAGACACGGACGUUGACAGCGGCGACCGUACCUUCUACACGGACUCGUCGGGCUUCCAGAUGAUGAAGCGCGUCACUGACGUGCGUCUGCCCGUGGAGGCAAACUACUACCCUGUGACGGCCGCCGCUUACUUGGAGGACGAGCUAUCGCGCGUCACUCUACUCGUGUCCCACGCCCAUGGCGCUGCUAGCGUUCAGCCAGGAUCUCUGGAGGUGAUGCUGGACCGUAAGCUUCGCUACGACGACAGUCGAGGUCUCGGUGAAGGGGUGCUGGACGUGCGCGAAACGCAAGCCGACUUCUGGCUGCUCCUAGAGCCAGUGAUUCCUGAGAACGCCGUCAAGACAGCGAGGGGAACAAGCUGGCGGGCCACGAGGACGGUGGCAAGAAGUCACAGGACCUUCCAAACCUAUCCUCACUGGCGCACUCCCUUUCGCAGCGGCUACUCUACCCGGUCGUCGUGUUGGCCACCGAGGGACAGCAGAACCGUGCUCUUCACCCAGGCUUUAGUUUCUUGCACGAGGGCUACCCGUGCUCUACGUGGAUGAUGAACCUACGUACGGUGCCCCUGGAGCAAGACUUCGACCGGCCUUCGAAGAGUAGCUUGUUGAUUCUUCAUCGCAAGGCAGGCUCGUGCCGUGUGGCCAGCUUAGGUCUGCCAUCGUGCGAGCUGGAGAAGACCUACGUCUCGUCGGGCACCGGGUCUCAAGGCGACGCGCCUUCUUUGAGACACGCGUCUUCGCGACCUGAGAGGUUCCGGCUUGUCAAAGUGCAGUCGGUUCACAGGACUACGUUGACGGGCGUUAGAAACGGGGCGAGGCUCCCCGACGUCAACGCGGUCGAUGUUCCGCCCAUGGAGAUUGUUACGCUCAAUGUGACUUUCGGUCCAUAAGCGGUGUUAGUGGGCUUGCAGAGUAGUAAUUCAGCGUGGAGACGUUCGCAGACUUUCGUUUUAGACUUGUGACUGGAACAGAUGACAGCGCGCCGACUUAUGCGUUGAAGUCGGUUCGCAGUGACCUGCCAUUUUAAGGGACUCACAUGGUUGCUUGUUCCAGAUCGCCACUCGAGUUUCAAGGUCUUACAAGGCCGACGCGUGUAGUCUUUCUCACGUGCAGGAACGAUUGCUGGCUUCCGUCCGGAUAGUCAUGCUGGUUGGUUGUGCGAUUCCUUCACCUUGUGCCCAUUGAUGGACAUGUCACAAGGGCACGUUGUUAGAGUCAUAUGUGUGCGCGUGCUAUUCAUGUCAGUAACGGCCUUUGCCGUGAAGUUCAGUAGUUUUGGAAUCCCGUUGCAGCAAUAUUUUUCUGGGGGAUCCUCGAGACUGAUUGCCGGUUGUCUCUAGGGGCGCCUACUGAGGUCUGUGCGCACGCGCGCACACUUUUCGAGCUUGUUCGUUUACUCAGUGUCCUGUUCACUUAUGUCGUGAAACAUACGGUGACGUGAAGCUCUCGCUACUGCCAGCUUGCGAUGUGGGUGCGAACACGAAUGCUGUUUGUAAAAUGCUGUGAAGAUGCGAAUUGGUCUAUUUUGAGGACAGAGUGUCAUUGGCUGACCAACGUGAAGAUUGCCCUGGUGGAUAUAAACAUACGGGGCUGAAGCUGAUCGCAAGGGAAUAACGCAUUUUCAAUAGGAAUAACUGCAUUUUCAAUAUAUUAUUUGUGAUGUCUCAUAAAUGUGGAGCAUCUAACAUAAAAGGGGGAAGAUAGAAGUGCAUGAAUUACUACUUUUGCAAAGGGAGGUGUGUCACUUAUACUCCUUAACCUCCCUUAAGUAAAGAAGUUUAUGUGGGAGUUCGGAUUGUUGGAGAAGGAUGAAGUGACCAAAGUGAUCGCCCUGCACAUAUUAAUGUAAGCCUCAUAGCCGCAAAGCUGAAUACUGGCUGUUUCUCUCUUAGAAAUGUUUG